AUGGCAUCCACUCUCCGCUCUUGGAUGCCCUGGUCCGGCAGCAAUUCUUCCCCCUCUCCCUCGGUACCUCCACCCCCCUCUUCCUCGUCGACCCCCGCACCACCGCCUCCCACCGUACAGCCCCCCGCAACCACCACCCCGAUCCCCGAAGGGGCCCGCCUCCCCCGCCAAUUAACCCUCCUCCUGGGCGGGACUACCUUCCUAGCCCUCAGCAUCGCACUAACCCGCCGUACGAUUCACCGCCGCAAACUCUCGCUGGUGCCAAAAUAUUACCACCCGAACAACCGCCCGCCCCUUAACCCCCCGAACGGCGCCCUCGACGCUCUGGAAGCUCUGAACUUGGCAACGCUCAACACACUGAGCUUCGGCAUGAUGCUGGUGGGCGGGGGGAUGUUCGCGAUGGACGUGUGCUCGCUGGAGGAGUUGCGGGGAAGGGUGCGCGAGGGGAUGGGUGGGAGGGACGCAGCGGCGAGGGAGGCUGAGGAGGAGUUUGAGGAGUGGCUUGUGAAUGUGCUCGCCAGAAAGGAGAGGAAGGAGGAGGUUAAGAGGAUGGUGGAGAGGGAAAUGAGGGAGAAAGAGGCAAAGGAGAAGGGGGAGUAG